AUGCCGUCUGACCUGAAAAAGACGGCGUACUCGCACCUCCUCCCGCAACACCACGCCGACUCGCCGUCGUCCUCAUCGCCAGCGUCGUCCAGGAGCUCGUCGCCAGCGCCGCUGCCAGCCGACGACAAGCACUAUGCGUUCAGUACGACGCUACGCCGCCACGAACCGGAAUCCGUCGUCGACUUCUCCCACCCGCUCAGUGACCUCAAGCAGCACGUCGCAGCGCGGUUCACGGGGUACGAGCCCGUCGGGGGACAGAGCGGGGCAGGGGGAGGGCAGACAGGACCCUCAGCGUAUCCUCCAGCGGCGCACGGGCACGCCGGACCCGGAGGCUACUCGCACCACCCCUUCGCACACACGACCUCCCCCCUCACACCCUCAGCCCACUAUGCCUCGCAGACCAUCGCACAGACGCUUUCUGCUCUCUCGACAUCCGCAUCCUCGGGACUCAAUGUAGGGAAGGUCGGGGCGGUCCGCGAGCUGUCCGGCCCAAACGAGUUCGAGGUCGAGGCAAAGGACCCGACAUGGAAGAAGUUCCUGGGCAAGUUCUACGAGGACCCGCUCAUCCUGCUCCUCAUGGCGAGCGCGGCGGUCAGUGCGGUUGUGGGGAACUACGACGACGCGGCGAGUAUCCUGGUGGCCGUCUUCAUCGUCGUGACCGUCGGCUUUGUCCAGGAGCAGCGGUCAGAAAAGUCGCUGGAGGCGCUGAACCGGCUAGUGCCUCACUACUGCCACCUCAUCCGGAACGGACGCAAAACGACACAACUCGCCAACGUUCUCGUUCCAGGCGACCUCGUUACCUUCCACACAGGCGACCGCAUCCCCGCCGACAUCCGCCUCACACAGGCUCACGGCCUCGAGAUCGACGAGUCCGCAUUGACGGGCGAAACUCGUCCUGCGAAGAAGCAUACGGAGGCUAUCACGCAGGGUACGGGAGGAAUGGGGGGCUUGCCGAUCAGCGAGCGGGAUAACAUCGCGUUCAUGGGCACCCUCGUGAGGAGCGGUCGAGGAGAGGGAGUCGUGGUUGGUACGGGCGUACAGACAGAGUUUGGUGUCGUCUUCAGCAUGAUGCAGGAGGUCGGCGACAAGAAGACCCCUCUGCAAGUCUCGAUGGACGAGCUGGCGAAGAAGCUGUCAAUCAUCUCGUUCGGAGUAAUCGGCAUCAUCUGCUUGAUCGGUGUCAUCCAGCAUCGCAGCUGGCUCGAGAUGUUCACGAUUGGAGUCUCGCUCGCCGUUGCCGCCAUUCCUGAAGGUCUGCCCAUCGUCGUUACCGUCACUCUCGCCCUCGGUGUCCUGCGAAUGUCGAAACGGAAUGCGAUCGUCAAGAAGCUACCCAGUGUCGAGACGCUCGGCAGCGUCAGCGUGAUAUGCUCCGACAAGACUGGUACGCUUACCACAAACGUCAUGACCGUCACCAAGGCGUACUCCGUCGACCACGGCAUCUUCGCCCUCGACAACGGCCCUCCCAUGCUCUCGCCUGACGAUUCUCGCGCCAAGAUCUUCCUCAUCGGCAAUCUCUGCAAUCACGCUCACGCCGACAAGGGCAAGUACCACGGCCAAGCGACCGAGGUCGCGCUCAUGAACGCCCUCGCGACUGUCGGCCUGACCGACCAGCGCAAGUUCUUCACCCGCAAGAGCGAAGUCGCCUUCAGCUCGGAGACGAAGACGCAGUCCGUCACCGGCACUUUCCCGCACGCUCAGCCCGGCGAGCUUGACACGACAUACGUCUCCGGCGCUCUCGAGGGCGUUCUCGCUCGGUGUCGGUAUCAUCUGCGGGAGGACAACUCGGUCGUUCCGCUCGAAGCGGGCGUUUCGAAGCUCAUCCUUUCGAAGGCCAUCGAGUUGGCCUCGUCCGGAUUGCGAGUCGUCGCGAUGGCGUACGGGCAGGAUCCCGAAGCCCUCAUCUUUGCGGGCUUGCAGGGGAUGAUGGACCCGCCUCGGCCAGGCGUGGCAGACGCCAUCUCGAAGCUCAGCUCGGGCGGCAUCCACGUCGUCAUGAUCACGGGUGACAGCGAGCAGACUGCGGUCGCUAUCGCCAAGCAGCUUGGGAUCCGGACGACAGGCGGGACAAGCAGGAUGGGCAUCUUGACGGGCAAGGAGAUCGACCUUCUCAGCCAGCGGCAGCUCGCGGACCGGAUAGGCGGCGUAACGGUCUUUGCGCGCACGACGCCGCGACACAAAAUGGCGAUCAUCGAGGCGUAUCAGUCGCGAGGAGCGGUGGUCGCAAUGACCGGCGACGGAGUCAACGACGCGCCGGCGCUGAAGAUGGCGGACAUUGGUGUCUCGAUGGGCAAAGGCGGAACGGACGUCGCGAAAGAGGCGGCAGACGUUAUCCUCGUCGACGACAACUUUACAACCUUGCUGCCGGCUGUCGAGGAGGGCAAGGGCAUCUUCGUCAACAUCCAGAACUUCCUCUGCUUCCAACUCUCCACCGCCGUUGCCGCCCUCUCCCUCAUCACCCUCUCAACCGCGCUCGGCCUGCCCAAUCCGCUCAACGCCAUGCAGAUCCUCUUCAUCAACGUCAUCAUGGACGGCCCGCCCUCGCAAUCCCUUGGUGUCGAUCCCGUCGACCGCGAAGCCAUGAAACGCCCGCCUCGACCCAAGUCGGCGCCCAUUCUUACGCGCCGACUGAUGUAUCGCGUCGGCUUCUCAGCAAGCAUCAUCAUCCUCGGCGUUCUGUUCGUCCUCGCGCGAGAACUUGGCGACGGCACCGACCUUGCGCGUGACCAGACCAUGACCUUCACCUCCUUCGUCUUCCUCGACCUCGCCUCCGCUCUUCAGAACCGUGGACUCAAUGUCCCCCUCCUAACCGGCGCGCCCAACAAGAUGCUCCUCCUCGCCGUCAGCGUCUCCUUCCUCGUCCAACUCUCGCUCGUCUACGUUCCUUUCCUUCAGUCCGUCUUCCAGACCCAGGCUCUCUCGCUACGGGAUCUGUCGGUCCUGCUCGUUCUGGGCGGGUGCAGCAUGAGCAUCCAUGAAUGGCGGCGGCGGUACGAGCGGAAGCAGCUCGUCGAGGAGGCCUGGACGAACGCGCAGGUCGUGUAG